AUGUCAAGCCGAAGGUCGAGGUCAAGGCAUUCAGCAGCUUCAAGGAUCACUGAUGAUCAAAUCAUUGAUCUUGUAUCUAAGUUGCAGCAGCUUCUUCCUGAGCUUCGCAAUAGAUGCCCAGAUAAGGUUUCAGCAGCCAGGGUCUUGCAGGAGACAUGCAACUACAUCAGAAGCUUGCACAGAGAAGUUGAUGACUUGAGUGAGAGGCUGUCUGAAUUGCUUGCAAAUUCAGACACCAGCCAAGCAGCCCUAAUUAGAAGCUUACUUAGUCAGCAGUCUUAA